UAUAUUUUUGCUACUUAAUGAGCAAUAAUUACGUUUGCUAGUAGGUUGUUACGUGUGUCGGUAUUCUAAAGAUAAAGUCUGCCGCGAAAUAAUGUAACAUGUUGCUUUAAAGUGUAAGUGCUUAUAACAACAAAGCAAGUGCAGUGCUAACAGCAGUGGUUGCAAUACAGGGUGCCGCUGGUAGUCCGCAUAACGGGUACCAAAAAACAAAAUGGGACGCUAUAACAAACAACAAUGCGUCAAUGUGCGUCGCCAUAGAAGUGUUGAUGCAAGAAAAGCAAUUACGCCGGCCAGCAUGACAGACUAUUUGGCAUUGCACGCACGCCUCGCCCAGGUGGGCCAGGAGCAUUUACUUAAAUUUUGGCCCGAUAUCACAGCGGACGAACGCGCCGAUCUGGUGCGCGAUAUCGAGGAGCUGAAUUUGGAUGAAAUAAAGCUGUAUUUUGAUCGGGCCACAGUCUCGCUGAACGAGAAUGGCAUCAAGCUGGACGAUCGCCUCCAGCCCAUACCCGAGGGAAAGGUGAUAUCCAUAGCCCGCACAUCGCCAGAACGUCUGAGCGCCUAUCGAUCGGAGGGAUUGCGACACAUCAGCAAUGGGCAUGUGGCGGUUCUACUUAUGGCUGGCGGACAAGGGACACGUUUGGGCUUUGAUCAACCCAAGGGAAUGUACGAUGUGGGUCUGCAGUCGCAUAAAACGCUUUUUCGCAUACAGGCUGAGCGGAUUCUGAAGCUGCAGGAACUGGCCGAGGAAAUGCAUAGCAAGCGGGGAAAUAUUAUGUGGUACAUCAUGACUUCGGAGCACACCGUGCAGCCAACCUAUGACUACUUUGUGGCCAACAACUUCUUUGGACUGGAGCCAAACAAUGUGCUGCUGUUCGAGCAGGGAUCGCUGCCAUGCUUCGAAUACGACGGUCGCAUUAUACUGGACGAGAAGCAUCGGGUGGCACGGGCGCCAGACGGCAAUGGUGGUAUCUAUCGGGCUAUGCUGCGUCAGGGCGUGUUGGAGGACAUGCAACAACGUGGUAUUCUUUAUUUGCACGCUCAUAGCGUGGAUAAUAUACUGAUUAAGGUGGCGGAUCCGGUCUUCAUCGGGUUCUGUGCGCAGGAGAAGGCAGACUGUGCCGCCAAGGUGGUAGAGAAGUCGCACCCGAAUGAGGCGGUGGGCGUUGUGGCUAUUGUCGAUGGCAAAUACCAGGUGGUGGAGUACAGCGAAAUCUCAGCCAAGACGGCGGAGAUGCGCAACUCGGAUGGACGGCUGACAUUCAGUGCCGGAAACAUCUGCAAUCAUUUCUUCACUGCUGAUUUUCUACAAAGGAUCGGGAAGACUUACGAGCGCGAGUUGAAGCUACACGUGGCCAAAAAGAAGAUACCUUUUGUGGACAAUGCUGGCAAGCGACUGACUCCGGAGAAGCCGAAUGGCAUCAAAAUCGAGAAGUUUGUUUUUGAUGUGUUCGAGUUUGCCCAAAAAUUUGUGGCCAUGGAAGUGCCACGUGACGAAGAAUUCAGUGCGCUCAAGAAUGCCGACGCUGCUGGCAAGGAUUGUCCGUCCACGGCACGCGCCGAUUUACAUCGCUUGCACAAAAAAUAUAUAGAAUCUGCUGGCGGUAUUGUGCACGGCGAUGUCUGUGAGAUAUCGCCAUUCAUUUCCUAUGCCGGCGAAAAUCUCGCCUCGCUGGUCGAGGGCAAGUCCUUCACCAGCCCAGUGUAUUUGCGUCAUUCGCGGGAUCCCCUACACGGACAUCUAUAAAGUACGCAACGGAGAGGGGGAUGGAGGUGCACACAUUUAGACUGAGAGUGGCUGGAUGGCCUGUUUGUUAAACAAUAUCUGUUUAAAACUAUCAUACAUAUUGGUCCAAAAAACUAGAGAGAGAAUGAGAGAUAAAGAGAUAUGAGGAGAGCGCCAAGAGCACGUAAAUUCCAUAGUUAAAGUACUUAAUGAAAUUUAACUGCUUGAUUUUUUAUAAAUAUAUAUAUUCGAGUAUAUUUGUAGUAAUUGUGCAAUCGUUGUGUAAAUGUACUAUGUAUUGUAUAUAAAUUGUGCAUAUUUUAUUCUGUUAAAAAAUGUUAUAAACAAACUGAAAUGUAUCCAAUAAUAAA